GUCAUUUAUGUUUGAUGUCAGGGAUUAUAUUUUGAAAAACACCGGUUUGUUUUUGUGAUAUAAGAAUCUCUAUUUAUUUUUGUUCCUGUAGAUACAAACGUCUAAAAGUUCAUAGUAAGAAAUAAAGAUUGUUAAAAAUGGAACAAAAAGUCGUGCUGCAGUUUCUUGAGGAACAAAAUCGCCCAUACUCACUCAUUGAUAUUCAAGGCGGAAUAAAAGGAUCGGAUAUUGGAAAAACUACUAUCCAAAAGGCGCUGGACGCAUUGGUCGAGAACGAGCAAGUUAGAGUGAAAGUGUAUGGCAAACAAAAGGUUUACUUUAUUGCGCAGUCCACUGAUAUGUCCUCAAAUGAUCUCAACGAGGCAAUCAUUGCUCUAGAUCGUCAGAUAAAUGAACUCGUGUCUAACAUACAAGAAUCGACUCAAAAGCUUAAACAAACUACAGCACAGCACGAAAAGACGAAAGGCAAGUUAACUUUAGCAGAAGCCUGUGAGAAAAAAGUACAAUUAGAAUCCAGAGCUAAAGAUCUAAAGGAUCAGCUUAAAAAGUUUGAAGGAAUUGAUCCAGUCAAGCCAGAGGUGAAAAAAAAGGUUGAGCAAAACUAUGAAAAGAACUUGGGGCUGUUCAAGAAAAGAAAGAGAAUGUGCUUGGAUAUAAUAGAUGCUAUACUUGAAAAUUAUCCGAAAACUAAAAAGCAGCUUUAUGAAGAUGUUGGAAUUGAAACCGACGAAGAUGCUGGAUUUAGUGUAGAUAGAAUCUAAUAUAUUUUGUAUUAAAUGUACACUAUAAUAUUUAAGCCAA